AUGCUCAUGUGGUUGUGGAAGAGCCCCAGACAGUUUCUCAAGCUUCAGAAAGCGAGGAGCGCGCCCCUGGAGGCCACGCCGGGAGAGGUGCGCCAGGUGACGUUCACACCACGACAGCCCUUGGGCAUCUACGUGGCCGACGUGGCACGGGGACGGGUGUCUGAGGUCUUCGAUGGCCAGGCUAAGGACCUCGGCGUGGAGCCGUACUUCAUGAUCCUGUCCAUUGACGGGCAGCCAUACAGUGAAGCAUUGCUGGAGCAGAAGAAGGAAGGCAACGCACCCUACUCGGUGAUGAUUCGUCACAUUGCACCUCCCGAUGCAGAGGUCGCCCUGGAGUGCGUCAAGGUCGUGGGCCAGGACGUGUCCAUUCUACCACUGGAGGUGCGGCGGCUGGAGCUGGUGCUGACUGGCGGUGAGCCUGUGACAGUUGGGCGCUCGCACCAGGCGGAGUUCUUCCAGAUGCUGCUGCCCGACGAGGAGUUGCGGAAGUGCAUCUCACGAAACCACUUCAGCUUCUCCUGGGCUGGCGCCCUUCAAUUCACGCGGCUGUCCGUGAACUCGAUCUUCGUCAACCAGAUUUUCGCGCCGGUGAAUGGCACCAUGUUCCUGCCUCCUGGCGCGCUGCUCUAUCUCUGCAGCAACACGGAUGAGGCGCUGAAAGUGCCCCGGCCUGACCAAGUGGCCAAGGGAAGAGAUGCCAAGAAGCUGUUGCGCCAGGCGAAUGCAGUGAGGCAGCUUAGAGGCUUGCGGCGUGAUUCUGGCAGAUGCCGUCGUGGCUCGCAGAGCAGGUGCAUCGAGCUGCUUGUGGAUGCUGACACACACAGCAUUGUUGAAAUCAGAUCCGGCAUCAAGACCCUGGAGCUCGAGAGUGGGCUCGUGCGCACCUCGAUCUUCGGUCCGCCGGGUUUGAUUCAGAACCAGCGCUGGCAAGAGCUGUUCUUGGUACCAGAAAUCGUCUUCGAACCUGUGCAACGAGCCUCUAGCCGCAAAGGAGAAGCUAACGACAGCGCAAUCGCAGCUCGAGUGCGAGCAUUGUGCCAUUCCGGAAGUACCGUGAGCAUAGCAAUGAUGAUCUCUGAUGCUGGUUAUCUUGAUGUCAUACAGGAAUCGAUGGAAGCUGGCAAGGACAUUCGAGUUGUUUGCCCGGAGAACAAGUUCAACGUCAUUCGCAAGUUUGGAGGAAUGGGCGUUCCAAUUGCGCAGGUGCCAAUCAGCAGAGACAGCAGAUCCAGGGUACGUGCUAUUCUGGAUGAGGAUGGUGAGGGACAUGUGUGCCUGGCAGAGCCAUACCGAGCAUAUGACAGUUCUGAUAUUGAGCAGACAGUGCGGGAGUUUUUGCAGAAACUUGGAUGUGCGAAUGUCGAGAGCAGGUACUUGAUACACUCCGUUGCAAAGUUUUGGCUUGCGAACGCACUGGGAUCCCUGACAGUGUUUCCUUCGCAGUGUGCUGUAGAAGCCUUGAGCGAAGUCAUCGCAAAAUGUGCCAACCAAUCCCUGGAUGCGAGGUGGCGCUGCCCGGGAAGCAUGGCUUUCUUUCUGCCGAUGUCAAAUGUCGGCCGCAUUUCAAGGUCACAGGCGAGCAGGUAUGGCAGUUCGUUAGCUCGUGCAGCAUUUCAAGGCGGCGGACCAUUCAUUCUUCACGACUCCGUAGACAUAGUGUCCAAAGCCUUGCAAAAGUUGGGUUACUUCGACUCAGAGCUCACAACAACGACCUGGCAGAAGCACUUCUGGUUUUCAUCAACAAUGCGAAGAACAAACAUUUUUUGCGUAAGCUGGACUGCCUUCCAUCCAGCAAAGACUCUGCGGCAGCCGUGCAGGAACGGCUGA